GGCCGUUUGAGGUUGAAACGAACGGGGUGAUGGAACGGGUCAGGCCUGGCAUGUUCCAAAAGCAUUUGAAGUCCUGAUUGCAAGUUUAGGGCAUACUUGCAUGUAGACAGCUGUGAAAUCGACAAAUCAAACUAAACUUGUGUAUAGAGAUGUUUAAAGCAUCAGAGGUAAGCUUUGAUGCUAUUGGAUUCAAGUCCUGCUGGAAAGGUAAAAGCAAACUAGCUGAGAAUGGUACACAGUGUGAACCACUGAAGGUUGCUGAGCAUGAAACACAGACUAUUGGUCAUGAUGAAAAAGAGAGCCAGACGGACCCGGAGCGGGAGGUGACGGUGGCGGCACCGGACGCUGCCGUCAAGCCGUCGCUGGUGGCGUUCGUGGUGCGCGCCGCAGCGCUGGUGCUGGGCGAGCUGGAGCGCGCGGACAAGUCGCGCGCCUUCGAUGGCUACCAGCUGAUCGAGGAGGACGACGACCAGCCGGUGCGGCGGCUCUUCACGCUGCGGCUCGGUGCCAAGCCGGCCGACAAGAGCCAGUCGAGUAUGCAGGUGGCCUGCCUGUCCUGGAGCUCCACGGGCUCGGUGGUCGCCGUGGGGUACGGUGCCAGCGAGCACGAGUCCUGGUGCGAGCAUUCCACUACACUGGCGCUCUGGAACGUGAACAGGAAAGACCUCAACGUCAAUCAGCCGUACAACAAACUGGAGCUGCGCUCCUGCGUCAGCUACGUCCGCUUCCACCCGUCGGAACCGAGCAUGCUCGCUGUGGGCAUGGUGACAGGGGAGAUGCAGCUGUACAACCUGUCGCGUGAGGACGAUCCUUUCCUGGGCUCGACGGCCGCCGUCAUCCAGGGCCAUCGCGAACCCAUCAGCGCACUCCACUGGCUGGCCAGGUCGGCCGGCUACGGUCUCGUCUCCGCCUCCCGCGACGGCAAACUGCUCGUCUGGAAGUACUCGGAGGCCAAGCAGCAGCUGCAGCUCACCAAAAAGUUUCAGCUGAUGGCUGACCAGCUGCCGCGCGCGGCCGGCCGGCGGGCGGGCCGGGCCGACUCCGAAGCCGGCCUGACUGCGCUCGCCUUCAGCCACGACAACCCGGACCAGUUCCUCCUGGGCUCAGAGGGCGGCGGCAUCUUCCUCUGUUCGUUCGCCUCGGAGGUGCCCAUCACGGCGGUCACCGGUGACCGGGUGGAGGGCCUCCUGAACCCGGUUAACCUCCACGUUCGAGCCGCACCAGGGCCAGGUGCUGAUGCUGCAAUGCUCCCGGUUCCACCGCAAUAUCUUCGUGUCGGCCGGCUCCGACAAUGAGGUCCGCAUCUGCAACUUUCUGCAGGUGUCGGCGCUGCAGUCCAUCAACCUGGACGCGGAGGUGACGGGCGCCUCGCUCUCGCCGUCCCGGCCGCUGGUCGUGUUCGUCACG